UGGUGUUCUAGUGCUCAGUUAUCCGCGGUAUAUCGAAAAAUCAGCUUUUUCAAGAUAUAACAUCUGGCGACGGGUUAUUGUACCAAUAUGUCAUUUACCUUUGAACAAUUGGAAGCCUUAUUGGAACGCCAAGAAAAACGUUUUGAACAGUUCCAGAUACGCAUGAUAGAGAUGCUAACUCAGAAAAUGAACCUGGAUCAAAAAGAAGUUACAGAUGAUCCCUUCAAAUCACAUGUUGACCAGAUUGUUAAUUCUAUCCAUGAAUUUCAUUUUGAUGAUUCAGCUGGCAUUACUUUUGAAACUUGGUUCAAGAAAUAUGAAAAUUUGUUCGAGGUCGACCUCAAAAAACUUGAUGACGCCGCUAAGGUCAGACUACUCUUGCGAAAACUUGGAACUGUUGAACAAGAACGUUACAGUAACUUUAUCCUUCCAAAGAAUCCAAGAGGUUUUUCUUUCGAUUCAACGAUUGAACUUUUGUCGCAAAUCUUUGCUGAACAGUCAUCCUUGUUUAAUAUUCGUUAUCAAUGUCUCAAGAUGACAAAAGCAGGUGAUGAUGACUGGGUGAAGCAUGCGGGAUUAGUGAACCGUGAACGUGAGCGCUACAAACUAUCAGCAAUGACAGAAGACCAGUUCAAGUGUCUCGUAUUUGUGUGCAGCCUCCAAUCUCCCGAAGAUGCCGAUAUUAGAACUAGAAUUUUGAGUAAAAUUGAACAAUGUCCGAAUAUGACACUACAAGAAGUUACCAAAGUGCCAGAGAUUGGUAAACCUAAAGCAUGACACUUCGAUGGUCGAAAAUAAUGGCCAGUUGCCAUACGUUCGUGCUGUAAGCGGAAAGAACGAUUCUUGCUCAAGAAAGGUAUCGCACACAGAUAAUCAGCCUUCAUCUCCAUGUUGGUCUUG